UUUCAUAUUCAGUAAGAAUUAAUUAGUAAUCACACUUGUAAAAAUGAAACUUUCAUUAAUAUUAGGAGUUCUUGCUGUAUUGGCAAGCCAAUCAGCUGGAAAAUUCAUAAAAUACAAUCCACGAUUGGAUGGUCGUAUUGUGGGUGGGGAAGAUACUACCAUUGAAGAGUACCCAUACCAAAUUUCAUUGGAAUACUUUGGUAGUCACCGUUGUGGUGGUUCAGUCAUAAGUGAAACUGUGAUUUUAACAGCUGCCCAUUGCACUUCUGGAAUUUCAGCUUCAUACUUGAAAGUUCGUGCUGGUACCUCCAAAAAAGGUAGUGGUGGUGUUCUAGUUCAAGUUGAAAAAGUAUACGUCAAUGAAAAGUACAAUCCAUAUAACAUUGAUUUUGACGUAUCCUUGCUUGUAUUGGCUCAACCAUUAAGUUUCUCUGCUCAAAUUCAACCAAUAGCAUUACCCGGCGAGGAAGAAUAUUUGGAUGAACCAGAAUUAAGUGUAAUUACCGGCUGGGGUGCCCUAAGUUCUGGAGGACCAUCACCAUCUCAAUUGCAAAAAGUGAUUGUACCAAUUGUUUCACAAGAUAAAUGUGUUGAAGCAUACGCCAAUUAUGAAGUAACUGAACGUAUGAUCUGCGCUGGAGUAUUAGGCGAAGGUGGCAAAGAUGCAUGCCAAGGUGACUCUGGUGGUCCAUUAGUAUCAAACGGUAAAAUUCAUGGCAUUACUUCAUGGGGUCUUGGAUGUGCUCAAAGAGAUUAUCCAGGUGUUUAUACUCGUGUUACUGCUGUACGAGACUGGAUUCGUGAAAAAGUGGGCUUGUAUAGAUUAAUCGAAAUGUUAAGGAAGAAACUGGGAAAUGAUAAUAUUUUCUCGUAUCAAGCAUCAGGCGAUGUUGAUACAUUAAUAAUACAAACAGCAAUUAAUAUUGGAACAGUAAAUGCUGAAGAUAUUGAGUGUCUUUUAACAGCCUUAACACCUCCUCAUAGAGAAGUACUUUUCUUAAAGAAUGUUUUUAAGAAGAUAUUUUAUAUUCCUUGUGAAAUAACUGCUUAUACGCUUGGGAAAAUGAAAUUGACUUUAAUAUUUGGAGUUCUUGCUGUAUUGGCUAGCCAAUCAGCUGGAAAAUUCAUAAAAUACAAUCCACGAUUGGAUGGACGUAUUGUGGGUGGGGAAGAUACUACCAUUGAAGAGUACCCAUACCAAAUUUCAUUGGAAUACUUUGGUAGUCACCGUUGUGGUGGUUCAGUCAUAAGUGAAACUGUGAUUUUAACAGCUGCCCAUUGUACUUCUGGAAUUCCAGCUUCUUACUUAAAAGUUCGUGCUGGUACUUCCAGAAAAGGUAGUGGUGGUGUUCUAGUUCAAGUUGAAAAAGUAUACGUCAAUGAAAAGUACAAUCCAUAUAACAUUGAUUUUGACGUAUCCUUGCUUGUAUUGGCUCAACCAUUAAGUUUCUCUGCUCAAAUUCAACCAAUAGCAUUACCCGGCGAGGAAGAAUAUUUGGAUGAACCAGAAUUAAGUGUAAUUACCGGCUGGGGUGCCCUAAGUUCUGGAGGACCAUCACCAUCUCAAUUGCAAAAAGUGAUUGUACCAAUUGUUUCACAAGAUAAAUGUGUUGAAGCAUACGCCAAUUAUGAAGUAACUGAACGUAUGAUCUGCGCUGGAGUAUUAGGCGAAGGUGGCAAAGACGCAUGCCAAGGUGACUCUGGUGGUCCAUUAGUAUCAAACGGUAAAAUUCAUGGCAUUACUUCAUGGGGUCUUGGAUGUGCUCAAAGAGAUUAUCCAGGUGUUUAUACUCGUGUUACUGCUGUACGAGACUGGAUUCGUGAAAAAGUGGACUUGUAAAUUAAUGAAAUAUGACAAAAUGGCGUUUUUUUUUAAUUAAAAUAAA